AUGCAAGCUAUGAGAACCCAGGCAUGUCCUUCCUCAACGUAUGACGACGAGCACCAUCGCAUUGCCAUCGGCAACUUUUCGGAGAGUCGUUCCCCCGAGAAUCCGAUGCUGGCAACUGGCCUGCACCACAUCGCCUUCGGGUACUCGAGUCUGCAGGACCUCGUCACGUCCUACAAACAGCGCAGAGCUCGUGGCAUCACCCCUUUCUGGUGUGACAAUCAUGGUACCACCACUAGCAUGUACUAUCAAGAUCCGGACGGCAACAUGGUUGAGAUGCAGGUAGAUGCGUUCCCCACCAUUGAAGAGACGAAUGCAUACUUUGCAAGCCCCGACUUCCACGAGAACCCCAUCGGGGUUGACUUUGAUCCUGAGGAGUUGGUCAGACGCAUUGAGAGCGGUGAGGACGAGCAGAUGAUUUUAAAGAGGGCUAAUAUUGGGCCAAGGGGGGUCUACUCUGUGCCCACGCCCCCGAAGCCCGAGGAUGGUCUCUCCUGUUUCUACUCGGCCCAGAAGCCCAUGGGUCGGCCGAAGAAGCAAAUGUAUCCCGAAGCGGAGUGUCAGGGACACAACUUGGCGAGCGAGCUCCGCCCUGAAGGCCAGCAACAGUCUUACUCUCUCCCUUUCACUGAAGAUCAAAUCGGCCUUACAACCACAAUCACGCAACCCACUACUCAUACGUAUAGCUCAGGUCAGCAAUUCGCCCUCUUCGUGGGCGGGAUUGGUGGUGUCGAUUUUCUAGCCGACAUCACCUUUGGCCAACGGAAUCUUGCAGCUGAAACAACGACCGCUUCACAUCCACCCAACGCCACAGAACCAGAUCCGGGGACCACUAUAAAAGCUGGCGGCUCCCCAGAAUGGCGCACCGAUACUUCCUGCCGUUGUUUAAGCAUGAUUUUUUCUGCUUUGGAGGCCUUGUCACGGCUUCCUGAUAGGGUGGAAGACGCUAUAUACGUCGCCAGGGACGCAUCGAAGACGGUACAUGAUGUUGCAAGCUGCACGCAGUGCGGCUUGCGUCUUUUCCAACAUGGCGAGACGCCGCCGAUCCGACCAUCCCAAAACGUAACAAUGCUCAUGGCCAUCUUUCCCGCGAUAGCGAGCGCCUAUGAGAAAGUGUUGGAGCUUGCCGAAAUCGAGGCGGCGCAAGCCAAGCAGCAACAGCGGUCCUUGGUUUUCCAACUUGGUAGCUAUGGCGGCGCAUGGGGACAAGCCCACUGGGAAAGUGGAGGGUGCGUAGAGUCCCAUAAUAACCUUACACUGGAUGCCGACAGCUGGAAGCGCCUGGUGCGCGCACUCCUGAGGGCAGAUCUCCAUGGCCAUGGAAAAUACCAAACUGGACUGUGGGAAAUCAUCCAAGAAAUUAAGAGUAUAUACACAUCAACUCCAAAGCGAGAUCCCAGCACGUCCCACAUUGACGCCCCACUGCCUACAGGGAGCGGGUUAGGCUCUCCAAUGGUGGAGGACACGGAGUCUCGGCCAGCGUCUAGUGGCGGGGAGAUGGAAGAAUUUUCAAAGGUCGUUAAGGAGGCUCAACAUGCGCUGAGCAAACUUGUUAUAUAUUAA